AUGGGCGAGGCGACUGCGGUCAUGCCACCUUCUGCAGCCGUUACUACAUCUCCACCUUCUCUCCUCACUUCGUCGCCAUCCUGUACGUCUAAUAACAGUCGAGGCGGUCGGAAACUACGUCAAAAGGUAGUAGACGAGAUCAAGAAUGUUCGAGUGCGCAAGAGUCCAGCCAUUAAGGAAAAGUUGUCGAAUCGUGGACCUUCUCCCCCUCCGCUGGAGCUCAAUGAGGACGUCAUUGAUGACGAGGACGACGUGGUGCACGAUCGUCAAGCUUUUGGUAAAGCAAAAGGCUGCAGUCUUUGUGAACGUUCAUUUACUGUGUUUCGAGCCAAACAUACAUGUAGAAUAUGUACACAAAAGAUCUGUGAUGAUUGCAGUAAGAACAGGAUGAAGCUGCAUCGUCGACUUGAGAGAAAAAAAGGAUCGAGAUUGUGUGAUCCGUGUGCAAGGAACUACUUGCACACGGAGAACGGCAGUGGAGAAGACACGGUGGGACAUUUUUCAGACACAUGUCGGCCACUGACAACGAUCGUCAGUGAAGACGGGGUAAUGCACAAACAGGAAGAAACCGAUAAUGGGAUGUUACGUCACCGCUCGGUGCAGACAAAGAUGCUCACGUCGUUGAUUCAUAUCAAGGAUACAGCUCCAAAGUUGGGUUCGAAUACUGGUUUUGCCGCCAAGCAGACUGGAACCAGAUUAGACCGGGGAAACACCCAACGGGUUAUGCAUACAUCUCAUCUACGUACGCGCCACUGGGUGUCGUUGCUAGUUUUCACAGUGCUGGUGAUGCUGCGUGUGAUUUACUACAAUCAGAGGACUAUUUUUGAAGAUAGUGCCCUAGUUUCUGAUACUGCUGCCCAAAUUCCAGCCCAGCCGCCGUAUUCUUUUAUAGAACGUGCACUUGACAAUCUGCUCUCUAUGCGGACGCUUGGCACGUAUUUGUUGGGCCUGGUGCUUUUUGAUGAGCUAUCAGCCGCAAAAGGAGACAAGAAACCGCUCAAGCAACGUCGUCGUCGACGACGUCGAGUGAGUACAAGCAGUGGACGUUGCGAGCGAACGGUAUCGUCACUGGUGAACACUAGCGUCGCCAGCAAGCAAUGUACUGCUGAUAUACCAGCUCCUUCGUCGCCUCAUUCGUCCCAGGAUGAUGACUUGGAGGUGUCUGUGAUCGAACGGAAUAAUGACGACGAAGGCUUUACGGUAGACAGGCUUGUGACGGCUCUUGAAGAAGGGACUAAGAAUCGUGCUCCUGAUGGCAACUUGAGCCUUGGGUGCUUCAUAACUACGUGUACCGUCAUCUGCGGCUUUUUGGGUGUAUUUGGUCGUGCCACUUCCUUUGCUGGAAGCACCGUCGGAGCCUACUUUACCUCGAUUGAUCACAAUAUUGAUGCUUGGCCUGAGCCAACCUCAUCAAACUCUUGGAAGGAGCAGAGCGUGAAGGCGGUGGUUGAGUACGAGGUAAGCAUCGGAGUGGCUGAUGUGGGCGGCAAAAAGAAGCCGUCGUGCUCGCGCUGUCUACUACGGCUGUUGUGGUUCAUUCAGUUCGUGGAGGCUUGCGUGCGUCUGACGCUGCUUGACUCGACCGAGGACAGCUGCAUUAAUGGCGCCAGCAAGGCUUACGAAGAAACCUUGGGCAAGCGCCAUCCAUGGCUCGUCCGUAAGGGUGUUAUCACCGCUCUCGGAUCUAUCCCUACGCGCAGCCACAUUCUCGAAGGGCUUCACGUGGGUGAAGGCGAAGCUCUAGAGCCGCUGCGCAAGGCUCACGUUAAAAUCGUGCGAGUUAUUGCUGAGCUCAAGGCCGUCUUUGAAGCACAUGGACUGACAGACCUCAAAUAA